AUGGGGCUGUCGACGAAAAUUCAAUUCACAAUCAAGGACUUUGUGACCUUCAAGGAUGUGGCCAUACAGUUUACCCAGGAAGAGUGGGCACUGUUGGACCCUUCUCACAGAACACUGUAUAGAGAUGUGGUGCUGGAGAACUGCAGGAACCUGGCAUCACUCGGAAAUCAAAUUGAUAAACCCAGUCUGAUCUCCAAGUUGGAGCAAGAAGAUAAAGUGAUGACAGAGGAGAGAGGAAUCCCCCCAGGCACCUGUCCAGAUUUGGAGGUUCUACUUAAAGCCAAAGGGUUAACUUCUAAGCAGCAUGUUUUUCGAAAAGAGCAAUCUAAAGGUAUAACAAUAGAGAAACGUCUUCUUGGAGUGAAACUCAAGGAAUGUAAUCAGUGUUUUAAAGUCUUCAGCAUAACAUCAAACCUUACUCAGCAGAAGAGAAUUCAUACUGGAGAAAAACCCUAUCAUUGUAAUCAAUGUGGCAAAUCCUUCAGCAGCAGAUCCUACCUCACUGUUCAUAAGAGAAUACAUAAUGGGGAAAAACCCUAUGGAUGCAAUGACUGUGGGAAAGCCUUCAGUACCCUCAGACUGCAUGUGAGAACUCACACUGGAGAAAAACCCUAUUCAUGUAACCAGUGUUUUCAUGUCUUCCACACCAGAUGUAUCCUCAAAAGGCACAAGAGAAUUCAUACAAGGGAGAAUCAUUAUGAAUGUAAUCAGUGUGGCAAGGCCUUCAGCAUGAGGUCCUCCCUUACUGGGUACAAUAGAAUCCAUACGGGGGAGAUUUAUGAAUGCAGUGAUUGUGGGAAAACCUUUAGGAAGAGCUCACAUCUGACGCAGCAUGUGAGAACUCAUACUGGAGAAAAACCCUGUGAAUGUAAUGAUUGUGGAAAAUCCUAAAGCAGUAGCUUUUCUCUUACAGUGCACAAGAGAACACAUAAAGAGAAACCCUAUAAAUGUAGUGACUGUGGGAAAGCCUUUAAUAAUCUCUCAUCUGUUAAGAAACACAUGAGAACUCACACUGGAGAAAAGCCCUAUGGGUGUAAUCAUUGUGGGAAAUCUUUCAGCAGUAACUCCUACCUUUCUGUGCACAAGAGAAUCCAUAAUAGGUAG